AUGGCUUUAAAAACAAUAAGCUGGAAUGUCAAUGGUUUGAACAAUAAAAAUAAGAGGAAUCAGAUUGCACAUGUAUUGUUGAAAAAGAAUUGGGAUUUAAUUUGUCUUCAAGAAACGCAUGUUAUAGGAAAACACAAGAGAGUAUUAAGUAAUAAGAGAUUGGGAUUGGACUUUGUGACCUCCGACAAGGUUAAGAAAAGAGGGGUAGUAAUUUAUAUAAAGGAAAAAUAUGACCCGCAACUACUGUAUAAAGAUGAACAUGGGAGAGUAGUGGUGGUACAGAUGGUGUUUCAUGGAGAAAAUCUAGUUGUGGUUGGAAUAUACGCCCGAAUGAGAAAAAAUCAGCUUUCUUUUUGGAAUUAG